AUGGAAGACUUGAUAGAGAAAGUGCUAUCCUCUCAGCAGAGUAUGAGGAGCGAAAUGCAGUCACGCAGCGAAGUGGUUCAGGGAAUGCAAUGUGCUCAGAAGGAACAAAAGGCUAACAUAGAUAUGCUGAACAAGCAACUAUCCCAGUUGGCAACCUCGGUGGGUGAGUUAAGGGGAAACUCAGGAAAACUCCCUUCGACAGUCCAUAUACCGGAGAAGGCAAAUGUAAGCAAGGUCACCCUGCGGUCUGGAACAGCAUACAAUGGGCCCGAGAUGAAGGAGGCAGAGAAAGGGUUGAGUGAGGAUAAGAGAGAAGAAAUCCUACUGCCUAUGGGGAGGACCCACAAUAAAAUCGGGUCAACAACUGAACCCUCCACUGAAGCAGGGAAGAAAGAUUCCGAAGGAGCCGUAAAAAUUCCGAAGGAGGUAGUGAAGGGGAAAAAACCAUUCCCCUAUCGUUUCUUAACAAAAAGGAUGAAAGAGGACCAUGUGGAUUAUCUAUCCAUAUUCGGGAAGCUGGAUGUCACCAUACCAUUCCUCCAAGCCGUGAAGCUGCCGCCAUUGGGGAAGUUCAUUAAAGAAUUCAUAGCAGGAAGGGCGAAAGAGGAUGGGAAGAUCGUGGUGGAAGGAAUAACAUCCGCAAUAGUCCAGGAGAAGCUCCCACCCAAGAGAGCCGACCCAGAUAUGUUCACUUUACCCAUAACCAUUGAGGAUGUUAGAAUUGAGCAUGCAAUGUGUGAUUUAGUGGCAUCCAUAAAUGUUAUGCCUUAUGCAAUCUAUAAUCGGUUAAGGGGAGCUAAGUUAACAAAUACUAUGGUCCUAAUUCAACUAGCUGAUAGGUCUUGCAUAAAUCCUGAAGGAGUGUUGGAAAAUGUACUCGUAAAACUGCAUGAUUUUUGUUAUCCUGCCGACUUCUAUGAGAUAAAAAUGAGUGAACCCGAAUCUAGGGAGUCUAGUGGGAUACUUUUGGGCAGACCCUUUUUGAGGACAGCGAAAACUAUUGUUGAUAUGGCCGAGAGGACAAUAUGCAAAGAUUUUCAUGGGAAAAAAUUUACUUUUAGCAUUGAUGAAGCCAUGAAAAAACCUAUUGACUUUGAAAAUUUAUGCUAUGUUGAUGUGAUUGACCCCCUAGUCCAAGAGUAUCUUGAGGCUGAGCUAUUGCAGGAGAAAAUGCAGGCUUUGGAUGUUUAUGAACAGGCCGACGUAGAAGCCGCAGCAUGGUGA